UGAUAUGGAUGCUGAUGAUAGUGAAAGAAAAUGAUUCAGAUGAGGAAGAUGAUAGUGAUAAAAAGGAUGAUGUUUGGGAAGAUAUUUAUGGGAGACUGAGAUCAAAAGCGGAUCAAUUAUUACUGAGUCAAGUAAUGAAAACAAAUAUAUUCCACCAGCUAUAAGGGCUAAAAUGGAGUCUGCCGGUUCAGAUGAUAAGAAAAGAAAUGAAAAAUUGAACAGACUUAAAAAACAACUAAAAGGGUUGUUGAACAGAUUGGCUGAGAGUAACAUGCAUAAUAUUGCAUCGCAGAUCGAGAGUCUUUAUAUGAAUAAUAGUAGGAAUGAUAUGAAUGAAUCUUUGACAUCGCUUGUCUUGGAUUCUCUUGUCAGUAAUGUGUCAACUCCAGAAAGAUUACUGAUGGAACAUGUGCUAUUGAUAACUGUUUUGCAUGCUAAUGUUGGUACAGAAGUAGGUGCCCAUUUUUUACAGUGUGUCAUUGAAAAAUUUCAAUCAUUUUUAAAUAACGCUCAAAAUGUUGAGGAUAAAUCUUUAGACAAUGUGGUCAGUGUUUUGGCGCAAAUGUAUAAUUUCAAAAUCUUUGAUGCAAAAUUGUUAUAUGAAAUUUUACAAAAAUUAGCCGAAAAUUUCGAGGAAAAAAACGUCGAUUGUAUUUUAAACGUUUUGAGAUCGGUGGGUUUUGGAUUGAGGAAGGACGAUCCUCUAGCACUCAAAACGUUGAUUUUGGAGCUUCAAAAACAGGCUGCUAGCGUCAGUGAAGGGAAAAUUAACAACUCAAGAGUUAAAUUUCUUCUUGAUAUAGUUCUGGCAAUAAAAAAUAACAACGUCACAAAAAUACCGAAUUAUGAUCCUUCAUAUUCUGAGCAUUUGAAGAAAAUUUCGAAAGGUUUUAUCAGGAAAGGAAACUAUGUGACUCAGCUUAAUAUUUCUUUGGAAGAUUUACUUAAAGCUGAUCAGAGAGGUAAAUGGUGGGUUGUUGGAUCUGCCUGGACUGGGAAUCUGGAAAAUAGAGAAAAUAGUAAAAAAGAGGAUAAUAAAAACUCUGAUAAAUUCUCACAAAAACUAUUGGAAUUGGCUAGAAAACAGAGAAUGAACACUGACAGUAGGAGAGAUAUAUUUUGUAUUAUAAUGUCUGCUGAGGAUUAUUUGGACGCUUUUGAAAAACUACUAAAACUAGGGCUGAAAAAUCAACAAGAAAGAGAUAUAAUUCACGUUAUUUUACAUUGUUGUUUGCAGGAGAAAACUUAUAAUCCUUACUAUGCGGUUUUAGCUCAAAAAUUUUGUGAUUAUGAUAGAAAAUUUCAGAUGACGAUUAAAUAUUCUGUGUGGGAUAAAUUGAAAACUUUAAAUGAUCAUUCAGGUGGUCAGAUUUCGAAUUUGGCCAAAUUACUGACAUAUUUGUUUUUGGAAAAAGGUUUAUCCAUAUCAACCCUCAAAAUUGUGGAAUUCGGCGAAUUGGACAAAAUAACUUUGAGAUUCAUGCGUCAAAUUCUUUUGGGCGUCUUGCUUCAUACCGAUCUGGAAUCGGUACAGGGUGUUUUCGAUAAAGUGGCCCGCUCGGAUAAACUGAAAAUGUUCCGGGAAAGUUUGAGGCUUUUUAUUCAUCAUUUUCUCCUGAAAAACCUGAAAUCUGAAGCAGUGCCGGAGGAUCAGAGGAAGGAGUUGCAGCAAAGGUGCAAAAUGGUGGAGAAAAUCUUAAUGGCGAAGGAGAGUAGAGUCAGAUUGUAAAUAUUGUUAAUAAUAAUAGUUUUAAUAAGUAAAAAA